AUGUCGAGCUACAACGGCGGCCGAAGGGGCGUGAACAUCUCGCAGUACCUGCGGGACCUCAACACCAUCAGCCCUCAAGAGUCCAACGGCGACGACAACUUCAGCAUGGGCGGCGAAGAGCUCACGCUCUUCACCAACACUGAAUUCUACGACUUCGAUUCUGGCCAGCAAACCGACUUCCAAGCACCUCCCGUCAAGGUCGACACCACUGUUGCGAGCAGCUCCGCUCCCUCGAUUGCCGAGGACCCAACUUCUGCCUCAGUCACGGGCGACAUGUCUUCCAUUGAUUUCGUGCACGGAGACUUCAACUUUGCGGAUUUCAACGGCAGCUACCAGGCGCCAUCCAUGAACAACUUCGCCCCAGAGAGUUCCCACAAUUUCCCACCCCUCCAGCCCAACCACGGCUUGGUUUACCGUAACCAAGUUCCCACCGCUCAGCACGGCUCAUAUUCGCAUGCGUCUGCUCCUCGGGCGACGGAGAAGCGCAAGGAUGAGGCCUCCAGUGCCCCCAGCAGGCCCGUUUCCCUUGAGGAGGCCUCGAGGGUAGCUGCUGAGGAAGACAAGCGAAGGCGUAACACAGCCGCCAGCGCGCGAUUCCGCAUCAAGAAGAAGCAGAGAGAGCAGGCCCUCGAGAAAUCAGCCAAGGAGAUGACCGACAAGGUCACUGCUCUGGAGAGCAAGGUUUCCCAGCUCGAGACUGAGAACAAGUGGUUAAAGAACCUUCUCGUUGACAAGAACGGAGGCGGCGAGGACAUCUCUAGUCUAUGGAAGGAAUUCACAAAACACGCCAGCAAGUUGUCAAAGCCCGACGCCUCGAGAGAGGAGCGGUGA